CAGUGCGAGCUGCAACGCCCCCAAGCGCACCUGCUGUGGUUACGCUCGCCUCCGCGAGUCGUGAUUACUGUUGAAGAAGAUACUGCUUGACAUUCACAGGAAAUACUUUUUAGUAGAGCUCUCCGAACCCACUUCGACCUAUUUGCUGUACGACCAGCAACACUAGUCCGCCGGUGUCAGACAACGAGUGUAACUGGACUCGCAGAACCAUGAAAGCGCCGGUGGCUCUCUGUUUCUUCUGGAUUUGUGCAACAGGUUUAACACCUGCUUUCCCUUCUACUGAUGUGGCCAAUACCAACACCUCAGCAUCCACUAUCCCCCUGCCACCCACUGCAGAGCCUGUUAUCAAGGAAACCACAGACCACAGCUCAUUGGCUGCUACUACUACUACGACUAUUACCAAUGAAACUGCAGGCUUACUGUUUAACUCAACUGACCUUGUUUCCAAUCAAACUACAGGCAAGAGCUCAUUGGUUAACUCAACUGGCCUGGUUUCCAAUGAAACGACAAGCAACAGCUCAUUGGCUAACUCAACUCGUCUGGUUUCCAAUGAAACGACAGGCAACAGCUCAUUGGCUAAUUCAACUGGCCUGGUUUCCAAAGAAACUGUAGACAACAGCUUAUUGGUUAACUCUACCACAUAUUCAACAUCUCCAGCCCCCAAUACAACCCAUGUAAGCAGUGCAACACCAGGAACAAAUAAGACCCAAGUACCUACCAACACAUCCAGUACUAGUACACCCACGACUCUCAAUAGCACCAUGCCGGGGAAUGAUUCCUAUAACUCUCAUAAUAAGAUCAGUGUCAACACAACGACUCCUUUACCAACCAGUACUGCUACCAUGAUCAGGAGCAGUCCAGAGCCAUCUGCCAGCACUGCUGAGAGCACAACGACCAGCCAGGUUGCAAACCCAACUGCCAGCACCACUGUGUCUGCAGUCACCCAGCAGGAUACCAGAGGAGGCAAGCCUGGAAAUAGCACCACUGAUGGGGUUGGGUCUCAGAAGGUUCGACCGCUGUCAGGGUCAGCAGUGGCGGUCGCUGUGAUCGGGACGAUCGUAGUGGUGGGAUUACUGGUCGGAGCACUGGUCUGGAAGAAGAGGGAGAGGUACAUUCGUCUCGAGGAGGACCAGCGCGUGGAAUCCCAGAGCAACUACACUAACCCUGUGUACGGGCUCUGAGGAGCUCCCACGGCAGGACUGAGCAGCCAAAAAAAAAAAAAAAACAGCUUUUUAAUGAAAAUCAAGACAUUGGAAUGAUGUACACUCAACCCCAGCACUACUCCUCUGUAUCUACUCUGUGGCAAACUCCACUGCAUAGCAACAGAGGAACAUGAUGGAUAUGGGGUGCUUUUGCAGUCCUAGUUUUAUACUGUAUGUACAUACACACAAUCAGGUAUACUGUAUACAAUGCACUCUGUUUAUUAUGGAUGUAAGAAUCAUAUAGUGAUCAAAACCACUGGGACAAAAUCAUUUCUAUACUAACCCUGCUAAUAUACUCCGCUUGGAAGAAUCAAGCAAUCCGCUUAUAAGAAUCAUUUCAGGGCAAACUGACUGCACGUAAUACGGUACUUGACCAAGUGCAAUGACGUGUACAACCAAGCUAUUUUUGAAUUUGAAGUUGCACUCAUCUCGCGUGAUUAGGCAUGCAUGCAGCGUGUAUACAGUAUAAUCAAUCCCUGGUCCGCAGCCACUCCCAGCAGAAAAAAAGCAAGUUGUGCAGUUUGCAUGUGAGUUGACAUGACAGGUAACAGGCAUUGUUCUGUUAUAUUUUUUGUGUUCUCUAUUAGUGAAAAUGUGUUUUAAUAAAGUGAAUACACAUUCACUGAAUACAUCCUGAGUACAGUUCUGUUAUUGUGUGAUAAACAUAUUGAGGGAAAGGUAUUGUGGCGUGGUGAGGAGGAGGGAUUUUUUUUUGCAGAGCUUUGCAUCUCUGCUUAGUGAAAGACUGAGAGAUUUGCAUCACAGCUGAAAAUAAGCAAGCCACAGAUGCUUAAAUGCAGUGGUAGUCCUGACAGUAAAAUACUGUACUGUAGUGUCAUUUUAUUUAAAAGGCCUUUACACGCAACACUGCACGGCAGUUAAACUUGGCACCUUCACGAGACAAUCGCUUCUCAAGUAUACUGUAGUAAAAUAGGAUUCUGCAGCCUUGAGUUAACAUAAUCGUGGUCAUAUAACAAGC